AUUAGCUUGCUGUUGGACGAAGGGAGCUGAUCGUGUGUGUGCGGUAAAUUGACAUCAUAGCAUUCAUAACAUCGCUGUUUUUAUUGGUAUGCAUUAAAUUUAUAGCUAAUUGAGCAUAGAAAUACUGCACAAUUUCCAAGAAAUUGGGUGGUUGCAGAAUGGACUACACCAAUUUAAAUAGAGCGCAGCUCAGCUUUGAUUAUUUGCACACCAACUCUACAACUCAUGAGUUCUUGUUUGGUGCACUUGCUGAGCUGCUAGACAAUGCCAGAGAUGCCUCUGCAACAAAAAUGAAUAUUUUUACAAUAAAAAAUGAAUCACUGCGGGGUGGACACAUACUGUGUUUUCUUGAUGAUGGUGAAGGCAUGGAUCCAAUUGAAACUGCGAGCAUAGUAACAUUUGGUAAAUCUAACAAGAAAUCAGAUGAUCUUCAUCAAAUUGGCAUGUAUGGCAAUGGUCUAAAAUCUGGCUCAAUGCGUAUUGGGAAUGACCUGAUGUUAUUUACAAAGAAAAGUGAUACUAGAUCAUGCCUAUUUCUCUCUCGAACUUUCCAUGAAGAAGAGAAUAUUGAUGAAGUAAUAGUACCUAUCCCUUCUUUUGAGGCGUCAUCUCGCAAACCAAAAAUACUAGAUGCACGACUGAAAGAGAAGCAUGAGUUAGAGAUGGAAAUAAUUUUGAAGUAUUCUCCCUUUAAGACAUUAGAUGAAUUUUUCACCCAAUUUGAUCGAUUAGAAGGUCAAUCUGGCACAUUGGUUAUGGUCUACAAUUUAAAGCUGCUAGAUUCUGGUGAUACUGAACUGGAUUUUCUCACAGACGCCACUGAUAUUAUUUUAGCCAACCCCAGUAGUCAUGACUUUGAUUCUGAUGAAGGGCUUAUGCCUGAAAAAAAGUCAUUCAGGGCCUAUGCAGCUAUUUUAUAUAUGGACCCACGAAUGAGAAUUUAUCUACAAAACAAGAAAGUGCGGACUAAAAGACUAGCCUGCACAUUAUAUAAAUCAAAAAUCUAUAAAUAUUCAUCUAAUCGAUUUAAAACAAGGGCAGAGAAUGAAGCAAAACGAGCUAUAGAUGAGGCACUGUCCGCUGAGAAUAAAGCCAGGGAAGCUGAAAGCAAAGCAAAAAACUUAGAGAAUAAAACAGGUUCUUCAACAAACAAAGAGCACAGGGCAGCUUUAAGAAAAGCACAAAAUUUUGCUGCAGAAUGUAGGGGAAAUGCUCAAAUUAAACGUCAGAUGGCAGAAAGAAAAACAAAGUCCUUGAAAGAACCUAAAACUCUAAAUCUUAUAUUUGGGCUAAACCUGGAAAAUCGCAGCCAUGAUGGUGUCUUUGUUUAUAACUGUAGUCGCCUAAUCAAGAUGUAUGAGAAAGUUGGACCUCAGAAUGAAGGAGGAGUAUUCUGCAGUGGUGUUGUUGGUAUAGUAGAUGUUCCAUAUCUGGUGCUGGAACCAACCCACAACAAGCAAGACUUUGCUGAUGCCAAAGAAUAUCGGCAUCUGAUGAGAGCCAUGGGAGAGCAUAUGAUACAGUAUUGGAAGGAUGUUGGCAUUGCUCAACAAGGAAUAACAAAGUUUUGGGAAAGUUUUGGCUAUGUCAGCUCAGAAUGGAAAGCUACUCCAUCAGAUGACAUCAAGUUUGUCAGGAAGAGAGCCAUGCAGCUCAGUGUUACAUUACAGUGUGACAUGUGUCUCAAGUGGAGAAUGAUCCCUUUCAACUCAAACAACAUUGGUAAAGAAUUUCCUGACCACUGGGUUUGUACCAUGAAUCCUGACCAACAGCAUAACAAGUGCUCAUCAGCGGAACAAAAACUAAACAUUCCAGAAGGUGUCUUAAAAAAAGAAUUUAAAUCUCAGGAACAAAAGAAGAAAGAUCUUGAAGAGGAAAUUUUGCGGAAGACAGAAAUGUUAGAAAAAUUACAGAAAAUGAAAGUGGUUCAAUCCUCAAAAGAUAUUGAAGUUGCUUUAAAAAAAGAAGACAAAAAAGAGCCCCAGAUUGAAGGUCGAGCCAGUCUAAGCAGAAAAGCUAAAGCCAGAUCUCCGUCCCCUCCCCCAAAAUCUCCAUCACCUGAACCGCCUCCUAAAUCAAGAACAACUGGUUCGCAGUCUUCAGUAGCAUCAAAGAAAAACAGACGCAGCCCUAGUCCGCCUGCUCGACGUGCACAAAAACCAUCCCCGAAACCGUCACCACAGGUCACAGUCAAGCAAGCCAUGAAACAGAAGAAAAGAAGUCCAAGUCCUCCACCACCUCCAAAACGUGCAGCCAAAUCUAAACCUGAACCAAAAGUGACACCAAGAAGACGUGUCCAACGCAUGGAAUCAUCUGAAGAGGAGGAGGAAGAGGAGGAAGUAGAUGAAAAUGAAGACAAUGAGGAAGAUGAAGAGCCAAUAACUAGAAAGGGGAGGAGUCAGAACAAUGUUGAGUCAGAAACAAAAGAAAUUAAAAGACCUCGAGCAAAAGAACAAGUGAUAGAAUACCCAGAAAUCCCAGUGAAGAAACAAAGAAUUUCCCACCUGAACACAGAAGCUAAGAAACCUGUGGAAGUUAACAAUGACUCAAGCUCAGAGACAUCUGCUAGGUCCACCAGGUCUCGUGGCAAGGGAUCAAAUCUCAAGGCCGAAUCCUCUGCUGAUGAAAAUGAAGCACAAACAACAGAUGCUGUUGAUGUAAAAGAUGUUAGCAUUGAAGUUGAUGUUGGUACUCGAGUUGAAGCACACAUCAACAAUAAAUG